AUUUAUCGGCGUUAUCGGCUAAAGCUAACCUGGUUAAUCAGCGGCGGACAACUUCGCAGGUGGACAGACGCCGAGCAGACGGACGAGCAGCGCCAUCGCGACCGCCACCAGUUGCUGCAAUCCAAACCAAUACGAUCCCAGCUAACCAGUGCCAGCUGUGAGCCACCUCUUCCCCCCAGCUCCACGUGUCCAGAGUGAAAGCGAUAUCCAAAAUGCAGGUGCAGGGAUUGCUCCUGGUGCUUUUGGCCCUUCUGCCCACCAUGGCUCUCGGAUUGCUGGAGGGUCUGUACUGUGGCAAGGACAACUGCUACGACGUUCUGGGGGUCACCAGGGAGUCGUCGAAGUCAGAGAUCGGCAAAGCCUACCGCCAACUGGCCAGACGCUAUCAUCCGGAUCUGCAUCGUGGCGCAGAAGCCAAGGCGACGGCGGAGACACAGUUCAAGCUGGUGGCCACCGCUUACGAGAUCUUGCGAGAUGAGGAGUCGCGCACGGAUUACGAUUACAUGCUGGACAACCCGGAUGCGUACUAUGCGCAUUACUACCGCUACUACCGGCGACGCGUGGCGCCCAAGGUGGAUGUGCGCGUGGUAAUCGUCGUUGUUUUAACAAUAGUCUCGGUGAUUCAAUACUAUUCGGGCUGGCAGCGAUACGACUCGGCCAUCAAGUAUUUUGCCACGGUGCCCAAGUACAGGAACCAGGCACUGGACAUUGCUCGUGACGAAAUCCAGGAGAGGAUUCAGAAAAAGGGUAAAAAUAAAAUGUCCAAAAACGACCAGCGUGAGGAGUUGGAACGGAUCAUUCGAAAGGUGAUCGAGGAAAAGAUGGACGUGAAGGGCGGCUAUGCCAAGCCCACGCUGUGGGAUGUGCUGUGGGUGCAGCUGAUCAUUUGCCCAUAUACGAUACUAACUUUCAUCGUGUGGCAUGCCCAGUGGUUCUGGCGGUACACAGUAAUGAAACAGCCAUACGGCCGGGAACAGAAAUUGCACCUGAUACGCCGGCAUCUGGGCAUGGGCCAGCAUCAGUUUGAAGCGCAGGAAGAUAAGCUGAUCGAAGAGUACCUGCAUCUGGAGCUGUGGAAGCGAGACAAUUUCGUCGCCUGGAAAGCAGAACAAGACGAAGAGAUGAAAAAGAAGCUGGCGGAGAAUCCGCGAUACAAGGCCUACAGGCGGUACAUGAAGAAUCACGGACCCGGGCGCAUCACAUUUGAAGAUUAGCCGGCGGUGCGAUAUUCAAGUUCAAUUGUUCCAUCUAAAGUCUGUUGUAUGUGUAUGUAAGACCGAUCCAAAUUCCUCGCCAACCCCUAACGUUUAAAUUUUGAUACAUAUAUUUAUAUAUAGAUAUUUUUUGUACAUCAACUAAAAUAUAAAUUAUGUUAAUGCCCCCGGUGUCCGCCGAAGGGCGAAACGUUGACCCCGCCGGAGUGAUCCGCCAAAACCGGUUCAAGAACGUGGCCAAGUUCGGUUUUCGUCACCACAGUGGCCGCUGGCUAUCGUGGUCGAACCACCCUAGAACAAUUAUUCCCUUCCCCAAACAUGGUCACAAAAUCCACGUCGUAUGCGUGUUUCCAACUAAUUUGACUAACCCGAGUAAUGUAAUAAAUAGAUAGAUAGAAUUAAAACGUA